AUGCCCUCAUUCAAGGCCUCCGAUGGCGUCGAGCUGUGGUACCGCUGCACGGGCUCCGGCCCGGCGCUGAUCCUCCUGCACGGCUGGUCGGGCAGCCACCGCUCGUUCGACCUCAACGUCGAGGCGCUCUCCCAGCGUUGCACGGUGGUCACGCCCGACCUGCGCUUCCACGGCAACAGCGGCAAACCAUCGUGGGGCUUCCACGUCGCGCGGCUCGCGUCCGACCUGCUCGACCUCAUCACCGCGUGCGGGCUCGAGCGGCCGGCCGUGUGCGGCUGCUCGCUCGGCGCUGCCAUCAUCUGGAGCUUUGUCGAGCUCUUUGGGCCGGACCCGCUGGGCAAGGUCUGCUUUGUGGACCAGGCGCCGUCGCAGUGGAGAAUGCCCGACUGGCCGCACUGCUCCAAGGGCAUCUACGACGACGAGACCGUGGGGCGCAUCUCCGACGCGCUGCACGCCGGCCUGGCGGACUUUGCCGACGGCAACGCGGCGUGCUGCCUGACGGCGUGCGUGGACGCGGCGCUGCUCGAGACGCUCAAGGCGGAGACGCAAAAGUGCGAGCCGGCGCAUCUCGCCGCUCUGAUGGCCGACCACGCGCGGCUCGACUGGCGGCCCGUCCUGCCGCGCGUCACGCUGCCCGCGCUCAACCUAUACGGCACAGAGUCGGGAUGCUUCCCGCCCGAGGGCUGCGCCGCGGUCGGCGACCUCGUCCCACACUGCCGGAGCGAGGCCUUCGAAGGGUGCAACCACUGGCUCUACAUGGAGCAGCCCGAAAAAUUCAACAAGCUGCUCGGCGACUUUGCGAGCCGCAAGGCGGCGAUGCCGAUGCCGAUGCCGCCGAUGCCGACGUGA